AUGGGUGCCCUCAAGUAUGUCGAAGAACUUCAGAAGAAGAAGCAGUCGGACAUGAUGCGCUUCUUGAUGCGCGUUCGCCUUCGCCAACUUAAGGUCAUCCACCGCGCAAGCCGCCCCUCGCGCCCCGACAAGGCCCGCCGUCUCGGAUACAAGGCCAAGCAGGGUUACGUUAUCUACCGCAUCCGCGUCCGCCGUGGAGGUCGCAAGAGGCAGGCUCCCAAGGGCGCCACCUACGGAAAGCCUACCAACCAGGGUAUCAACCAGCUCAAGUACCAGCGCUCUCUCAAGUCCACCGCUGAGGAGCGUAUCGGCCGCCGCUGCGCCAACUUGCGCGUGCUCAACUCCUACUGGAUCAACCAGGACUCGACCUACAAGUACUACGAGGUCAUCUGCGUCGACCCCCAGCACAAGGCCAUCCGCCGCGAUCCUCGCAUCAACUGGAUCACAAAGCCCGUCCACAAGCACCGCGAGGCUCGUGGUCUCACCGCCACCGGCAAGAAGAGCCGUGGUCUCGGCCGUGGACACAAGUUCAACAACACCACUGCUGGAAGGAGGAAGACCUGGAAGAGGCACAACACCCUCUCCCUCUGGCGCUACCGUUAA